GGCUCAGAGAAGGGCGUGCUGUGUACAGAUUGUGUAGAUCUUCGCCUCGUUUUAACUUUUUAUUUUCCUGCCAACUUUUUGACGACGAUGGCCUCCUCAUCGCGAGCCGCUGUUGCAUCUGCUGCAGGCGCCGCACUUCUGGGCGGAGCCGCUUUUGUCUCUGCGCCUACUACACGCACGGGGAACCUGCGAGCCACCGCCUCUGUCGCAACUCCUUCGGCUCCCGUGUCCGGACUGGAGGCGAGCAGUGUCGCGGGCCUGGCCGUCGCCGGCGUAGCAGUUGCGGGCUGCUUUGGCCGCAGGGCCAUUACCACAUCUGCCAAGCAUCAGCUGGUGGCCUUGACUGCCUUUGAGAAUGAGCUCGGCGUGCAAGCCCCGGUCGGAUUCUGGGACCCGGCCGGGUUCACGGCAGAUGGCAGCACCGAGAACUUUGCUCGACGUCGCCAGACGGAGCUGAAGCACGGGCGAAUUUCCAUGCUCGCUACCAUGGGCUACAUCACUCCGGAGAUCACCGGAAAAUUGCCGGGCUAUCUGAGCCCUUCCGCAGGCUUGAAGUUCGCGGAUGUGCCCAACGGCUUGGCGGCGAUUUCCAAAGUUCCCGCUGCGGGGUGGGGACAAAUCUUGGCUUACAUGGCCUUCUGCGAGGUGUCCCAGGACCAGUCGGCGGGAACUCCUGCUGCGGCGGGUGACUUCGGAUUCAAGGUGCUCACCGCGUCCGACCCAGAGGCCAAGAAAACCAAACUCGCAGCAGAGCUUGCGAACGGACGUCUGGCCAUGAUGGCCAUCAUCGGCAUGUUCUUCCAGGACGGCUUGACUGGCAGCGCCUGGGGCGACUGGGCCAACUACACUGCCUCGCCUUUGCGAGCAUUCGAGAAUGAGCUCGGUGUGCAAGCCCCGGUCGGAUUCUGGGACCCGGCCGGGUUCACGGCAGACGGCAGCACCGAGAACUUUGCCCGACGUCGCCAGACGGAGCUGAAGCACGGACGAAUUUCCAUGCUCGCUACCAUGGGCUACAUCACUCCGGAAAUCACCGGAAAAUUGCCGGGCUAUCUGAGCCCUUCCGCAGGCUUGAAGUUCGCGGAUGUGCCCAACGGCUUGGCGGCGAUUUCCAAAGUUCCCGCUGCGGGGUGGGGACAAAUCUUGGCUUACAUGGCCUUCUGCGAGGUGUCCCAGGACCAGUCGGCGGGAACUCCUGCUGCGGCGGGUGACUUCGGAUUCAAGGUGCUCACCGCGUCCGACCCAGAGGCCAAGAAAACCAAACUCGCAGCAGAGCUUGCGAACGGACGUCUGGCCAUGAUGGCCAUCAUCGGCAUGUUCUUCCAGGACGGCUUGACUGGCAGCGCCUGGGGCGACUGGGCCAACUACACUGCCUCGCCUUUGCGAGCAUUCGAGAAUGAGCUCGGUGUGCAAGCCCCGGUCGGAUUCUGGGACCCGGCCGGGUUCACGGCAGACGGCAGCACCGAGAACUUUGCCCGACGUCGCCAGACGGAGCUGAAGCACGGAAGAAUUUCCAUGCUCGCUACCAUGGGCUACAUCACUCCGGAAAUCACCGGAAAAUUGCCGGGCUAUCUGAGCCCUUCCGCAGGCUUGAAGUUCGCGGAUGUGCCCAACGGCUUGGCGGCGAUUUCCAAAGUUCCCGCUGCGGGGUGGGGACAAAUCUUGGCUUACAUGGCCUUCUGCGAGGUGUCCCAGGACCAGUCGGCGGGAACUCCUGCUGCGGCGGGUGACUUCGGAUUCAAGGUGCUCACCGCGUCCGACCCAGAGGCCAAGAAAACCAAACUCGCAGCAGAGCUUGCGAACGGACGUCUGGCCAUGAUGGCCAUCAUCGGCAUGUUCUUCCAGGACGGCUUGACUGGCAGCGCCUGGGGCGACUGGGCCAACUACACUGCCUCGCCUUUGCGAGCAUUCGAGAAUGAGCUCGGUGUGCAAGCCCCGGUCGGAUUCUGGGACCCGGCCGGGUUCACGGCAGACGGCAGCACCGAGAACUUUGCCCGACGUCGCCAGACGGAGCUGAAGCACGGAAGAAUUUCCAUGCUCGCUACCAUGGGCUACAUCACUCCGGAAAUCACCGGAAAAUUGCCGGGCUAUCUGAGCCCUUCCGCAGGCUUGAAGUUCGCGGAUGUGCCCAACGGCUUGGCGGCGAUUUCCAAAGUUCCCGCUGCGGGGUGGGGACAAAUCUUGGCUUACAUGGCCUUCUGCGAGGUGUCCCAGGACCAGUCGGCGGGAACUCCUGCUGCGGCGGGUGACUUCGGAUUCAAGGUGCUCACCGCGUCCGACCCAGAGGCCAAGAAAACCAAACUCGCAGCAGAGCUUGCGAACGGACGUCUGGCCAUGAUGGCCAUCAUCGGCAUGUUCUUCCAGGACGGCUUGACUGGCAGCGCCUGGGGCGACUGGGCCAACUACACUGCCUCGCCUUUGCGAGCAUUCGAGAAUGAGCUCGGUGUGCAAGCCCCGGUCGGAUUCUGGGACCCGGCCGGGUUCACGGCAGACGGCAGCACCGAGAACUUUGCCCGACGUCGCCAGACGGAGCUGAAGCACGGAAGAAUUUCCAUGCUCGCUACCAUGGGCUACAUCACUCCGGAAAUCACCGGAAAAUUGCCGGGCUAUCUGAGCCCUUCCGCAGGCUUGAAGUUCGCGGAUGUGCCCAACGGCUUGGCGGCGAUUUCCAAAGUUCCCGCUGCGGGGUGGGGACAAAUCUUGGCUUACAUGGCCUUCUGCGAGGUGUCCCAGGACCAGUCGGCGGGAACUCCUGCUGCGGCGGGUGACUUCGGAUUCAAGGUGCUCACCGCGUCCGACCCAGAGGCCAAGAAAACCAAACUCGCAGCGGAGCUUGCGAACGGACGUCUGGCCAUGAUGGCCAUCAUCGGCAUGUUCUUCCAGGACGGCUUGACUGGCAGCGCGUGGGGCGACUGGGCCAACUACACUGCCUCGCCUUUGCGAGCAUUCGAGAAUGAGCUCGGUGUGCAAGCCCCGGUCGGAUUCUGGGACCCGGCCGGGUUCACGGCAGACGGCAGCACUGAGAACUUUGCCCGACGUCGCCAGACGGAGCUGAAGCACGGACGAAUUUCCAUGCUCGCUACCAUGGGCUACAUCACUCCAGAAAUCACCGGAAAGUUGCCGGGCUAUCUGAGCCCUUCCGCAGGCUUGAAGUUCGCGGAUGUGCCCAACGGCUUGGCGGCGAUUUCCAAAGUUCCUGCUGCGGGGUGGGGACAAAUCUUGGCUUACAUGGCCUUCUGCGAGGUGUCCCAGGACCAGUCGGCGGGAACUCCUGCUGCGGCGGGUGACUUCGGAUUCAAGGUGCUCACCGCGUCCGACCCAGAGGCCAAGAAAACCAAACUCGCAGCGGAGCUUGCGAACGGACGUCUGGCCAUGAUGGCCAUCAUCGGCAUGUUCUUCCAGGACGGCUUGACUGGCAGCGCGUGGGGCGACUGGGCCAACUACACUGCCUCGCCUUUGCGAGCAUUCGAGAAUGAGCUCGGUGUGCAAGCCCCGGUCGGAUUCUGGGACCCGGCCGGGUUCACGGCAGACGGCAGCACCGAGAACUUUGCCCGACGUCGCCAGACGGAGCUGAAGCACGGAAGAAUUUCCAUGCUCGCUACCAUGGGCUACAUCACUCCAGAAAUCACCGGAAAGUUGCCGGGCUAUCUGAGCCCUUCCGCAGGCUUGAAGUUCGCGGAUGUGCCCAACGGCUUGGCGGCGAUUUCCAAAGUUCCCGCUGCGGGGUGGGGACAAAUCUUGGCUUACAUGGCCUUCUGCGAGGUGUCCCAGGACCAGUCGGCGGGAACUCCUGCUGCGGCGGGUGACUUCGGAUUCAAGGUGCUCACCGCGUCCGACCCAGAGGCCAAGAAAACCAAACUCGCAGCGGAGCUUGCGAACGGACGUCUGGCCAUGAUGGCCAUCAUCGGCAUGUUCUUCCAGGACGGCUUGACUGGCAGCGCGUGGGGCGACUGGGCCAACUACACUGCCUCGCCUUUGCGAGCAUUCGAGAAUGAGCUCGGUGUGCAAGCCCCGGUCGGAUUCUGGGACCCGGCCGGGUUCACGGCAGACGGCAGCACCGAGAACUUUGCCCGACGUCGCCAGACGGAGCUGAAGCACGGAAGAAUUUCCAUGCUCGCUACCAUGGGCUACAUCACUCCAGAAAUCACCGGAAAGUUGCCGGGCUAUCUGAGCCCUUCCGCAGGCUUGAAGUUCGCGGAUGUGCCCAACGGCUUGGCGGCGAUUUCCAAAGUUCCCGCUGCGGGGUGGGGACAAAUCUUGGCUUACAUGGCCUUCUGCGAGGUGUCCCAGGACCAGUCGGCGGGAACUCCUGCUGCGGCGGGUGACUUCGGAUUCAAGGUGCUCACCGCGUCCGACCCAGAGGCCAAGAAAACCAAACUCGCAGCGGAGCUUGCGAACGGACGUCUGGCCAUGAUGGCCAUCAUCGGCAUGUUCUUCCAGGACGGCUUGACUGGCAGCGCGUGGGGCGACUGGGCCAACUACACUGCCUCGCCUUUGCGAGCAUUCGAGAAUGAGCUCGGUGUGCAAGCCCCGGUCGGAUUCUGGGACCCGGCCGGGUUCGCGGCAGACGGCAGCACCGAGAACUUUGCCCGACGUCGCCAGACGGAGCUGAAGCACGGAAGAAUUUCCAUGCUCGCUACCAUGGGCUACAUCACUCCAGAAAUCACCGGAAAGUUGCCGGGCUAUCUGAGCCCUUCCGCAGGCUUGAAGUUCGCGGAUGUGCCCAACGGCUUGGCGGCGAUUUCCAAAGUUCCUGCUGCAGGGUGGGGACAAAUCUUGGCUUACAUGGCCUUCUGCGAGGUGUCCCAGGACCAGUCGGCGGGAACUCCUGCUGCGGCGGGUGACUUCGGAUUCAAGGUGCUCACCGCGUCCGACCCAGAGGCCAAGAAAACCAAACUCGCAGCCGAGCUUGCGAACGGACGUCUGGCCAUGAUGGCCAUCAUCGGCAUGUUCUUCCAGGAUGGGCUCACAGGCAGCGCCUGGGGCGACUGGGCCAACUACACUGCGUCUCCUUUGCGCGCUCGCGAGUGCUAGGCGAUGACACAGAGGCGGUGACCGGAGGCCAAAAAGAAAAGAAAGAAAGG